AUGUCACGCGGGCACUUCGCUGCGUGUCUACCGAUCGAGACAUUCGCUAAGGGCACGUACCCAGAGUCUCGGAGUCCAAACUCGGCUUUUACAAACGCAUUGCCACGCAGCAAUGGAGUUUCCCAUGUCCAUCGACGUGCCAUUGUGCAUUUGUACCGCUUCACGUAUUUCUUUUUGGGCGAAGUUCGUCCGCGGCAAGACACGCAACAAAACUCGCAAGCGCACACGCACGGUGCUGAGCACCGUACUGGUACAGUGGCCACAGCCAUUCACUACGCGCUCACCAUGUCAGCUGACGCCUACAACGACAAAAACGGCGACGCCUAUGUCAACCUGGACGCCCAUGACACGGACCUUCGGACUGGGCGCAACGGCGCAAAUCACGCUCAGCUCGGGCACUGCCGGAACCUCAUCACCGUGGCACUGACGUGGGGCAUUGCCGAUUUCCUCGGCAUCACCGUGGCCGGCGGCGUCUCCGGCGGCCACUUGAACCCCACAGUGACCGUGGCAGUCGCGGCACUCGGCAUGCUGCCUUGGAAAAAAGUACCGUUCUACCUCCUCGCACAGCUCCUUGCCUCCUACAUCGCCGCACUGGUCGUAUACAUCCUGUACCGCCCCAUGCUCAGCAUCGUAGACCCCGAGCGUACUUCCACCAACGCCAUCUUCGCCACGUACCCGCUCGCAAACGUGGGCAACUUCACGUGCUUCCUGACCGAGUUUUUCGCGGCGGCGGUUCUGGUUGUAGGCUUCCUAGCGGUGCAAGACCAGCAUAACCGUCCCAUUGGUCGUCAAGCAGUUCCUGCCGCCAUCGGUGUACUCGCCAGCGCCAUCGCCAUGGCAUUCGGCAUGAACACGGGCCUAGCCAUUAAUGCCGCUCGCGACCUGGGCCCGCGCCUUCUGAUGUGGACCGUCGGCUUCGGCUCGCGCGUGUUCUCACUCAACCACUACUACUUCUGGAUUCCGCUCGUGGCUCCGAUUCUUGGUGGUGCCGUCGGUGGCAUCGCCUACGAAGGCAUGGUCGGCUACCACCACCCCCGCGCUCGCACGGUCCGUACCCGGAAUUCCGGUACUAGCUGGUGCCUACGUAUUCGGUAG